AUGCCGUUGACAAUCCACCACCUUGGCCGCUCACAAUCGGAGCAACUUGGUAUCAAAUAUGACUUUGUCUUCCACAAGUGCGACCCUAUCUUGGCUCCGCAAUCAAUCAAAGACCUGCAUCCUUCCGGCACCGCACCGGUGGUAGAAGAUGCUAAGUCCCCUUUUACGAAAAACAAGGUAGUGCUCGCUGAAUCAGGUGCUAUCAUUGACUACAUUCUUGCUACCUACGGGGAGGGCCGUUUCGCACGUACACCGAAAGAUAGCGAGGAAUACAUCCAAUUCCUAGAGUGGUACUACUGGGCGAAUGCCUCCCUGCAGCCAACCUUGUUCCGUGUGCUGAUGAACAGGCGCUUGAGCAAUGACCCAGAGGCAGCGCACAUCAAGCUGGACAACGCGAAACUAGAGGGUGCACUCUCAAUGAUCGAGGCGAGACUCGGGAUCCUACUUGGUUGGAAUGACGUCACCGCAGCGGAUAUCAUGGCGAUCUGUACUCUCACUACCAUGAGAGGAUUCUGCCCCAUUGGAUUUGAUGAGCAAAAUCAUAAGAACAUUCUGGCUUAUCUAAAACGUGUUGGUGACCGGCCCGCCUAUCAAAAGGCUAUGAAGGUUUGUGAGGGAGAAGACUUCGUGCCUAUUCUUGGUGCAAAGGCCCAGCAGUUUGUAUUCCCUUAUUGA